UGAUGAGUCAAAUGUUGAACCAAUCAGUGAUUAGAGAGAGAGAGUUAAACACCAAUUGAAAGUCAAUGAGAGUGUAGUUAUGAUUGCAUUUCAAGUAAUAAUUGAUCGGAAAAACAGUCAAAACAUACGACUAUUGACUCAAUAACUCAAUGACUGAUCACUUGAUUGUCACCAAAACUGUUGACAAUGUCUUCUGUCAUAUCGUUUAUCAAAUCGUUAACCGGUUUAUCGGACAACAGCGCCGACAACAACAACGAUGAAGUAAUCCGAGUGAAUAAAUCGUCCACUAAUUUGACGCCAUCGGUGGCCAACAGUCCCGAUGACAACGAGAUAUACAGUGAAUGCUAUCAAGAGUUUGAUGAUGAAGACGACGACAACGAUGUGGAUGAACUGAUCCGACGAAUCAAUAAUGACAGUACACUUAGCGAUCGAUCGGACGACAAACCACACGAUCGAUCGACAGACGAUGGCAUUGGACUCAAUAACAGCACUGAAGACCAUGAAGUCUGGAAUGAAGAGUGGAAUGCAUUGGAGGAAAAGCCGUCGACAAGUGGUCGACAAUUGUUAGACAUUGACUUCGAUGGUUGCAAUUCCAUCAAAGGUAUGGUCACCCAAUGUAUCAGCGCUAACGAGAUUGAAGUGGACGACAAACAUCGGGUCAAAUAUACGAGAAGCACUUUCGGCAUAAUAUAUACCGGUGACCUCAUCUCUGUUGAGACCAAUGACAAAAAAGAAGUGACAAUCAAACCGUUGCGCUAUAAGAUACUGACCGGAAAGAUCACCGGAAAUGACAAACAAUUUUUCAGAUAUAUAUUCUCAAGACAUGCAUUUAUACGGAAAACUAAAGAUACUGAACAUUUGAGAGUCGGUGAUGUCGUCAAAGUGUUGACAAUUGAAACCCGAAGCAAUUCUUUCAAUUGGCGGGCAAUACUUUACACACAAGUUUAUGAUACUAUAAUCACAGGACUAUCUAUGGAUCAAAUCGAUUCGUACACCAAUGAGCUUAUGAUGAAUAAGAAUAUGGUUGAAGUACUCGCAAAGAUUAGUUUCGGUGAAAUGAUUGUCAAUAACAAUAAGAAAAUACUAAUUUACAUCAGAAACAAAGGCAAUAAUCUGCAGACAUUGACAUCCGUUGACAAUGAAGAGGGCGAAAGUCAAAUAAAAUUUCACUCAUUUCGUGCCAUAUAUGGUAAACCUUGUGAUAGUCCGGCUCCCUAUGAAAUCCCAGCAAACAGUGAAUGUUAUGUUGAGCUCGUUUGCGAUGCAAAAUAUUGUGGUGAUUACAGUGAUCUUAUUAUUUUCAAUUUUAUUGGCUUCAAAAUCGGUCGGUUUGCCACUGUAUCAGUGAUUGAUACGGUUGGCGGCGUCAACCGUGAAAACUCUACUGUAAAGAGACGUCGUAUUUUUGGUGCCGACACAUGGAUUGUUCCCGGAGAGAAGGUCUGGAAUCCUAAUAAACAUAUUUUUGACAAAUUGGAAAGGUAUGGCAUACCGGAGUCCGUUUGGCGCGCUAUUGAAAAUAACUGGGCGAUUGAGUCGGUAUUUCCCGAAGUCAAAGAAAAACUGAUGCCAGAAAACUAUCGGAAGAAGUUUCACGCAUUGAUGUUCUUAGAAGAAGCAGAGAAUCAACUAAUGCUUCAAAAGUUUGAUAUGCGAAACGUGCAAUUCAAACGAAACGGUAGAUUUGUGUCACUCACUGUUCCCGGAUUGGCUGAGGGAAGACCCAGUCUUAUAAUGGGUGACCGAUUGUUUUGUUUUGAAGAGGAGGAACAACAAGUGAUCUCAAAAGAAACUAAAAGAAUAGCCUUUGAAGGCUAUAUACACGAUUUGAAAAAAAAUGAAAUCCUAAUCCGUUUUAAUGAAGAUUUUCACAAAAAUUUUAAUGGAGGCGAUUAUAAAAUUGCUUUUCAAGCGAGCAGGACAACAUACCGACGCUGUCAUCACGCUAUUGAUCUCUCGCCACAUAUCUUGGAUCAGGUGUUGUUUCCGAAUAAAGUAGUUCUCAAACAAGCCUUCAAAAAUAUACCAUACGAUUCAAUCAAUUGGUUCAAUAAAUCAUUGAAUACUCAACAAAAGUUGUCAGUAAUUGGCGCACUUCGUGGUCAGAGUCGUCCGUCGCCUUAUAUUAUAUUUGGUCCGCCAGGAACUGGAAAGACUGUUACAAUUGUUGAAUCAAUACUACAAGUGUUUGACAAGAUAUCGCACAGUCGUAUUAUUGCCUGUACCUGUGCUAAUAGUUCAGCCGAUUUGAUUGUCGAGAAAUUGUUGGAAAGCGGUCGCGUCACUGAUAAAGAUCUUAUUCGAGUUACAGCAUUGCACCGUUUACAUCAAAUUCCUGAAUCAGUAAAGUCUGUGACUAAAGUGGCGGAUGAAGACGAGAAACAAUGGAUUUAUCACCGAAUUAUAGUGACGACCACAUCUCAGGCUGGCAUCACUUUUCGCCAUAAGAUAUCUCCAUCACAUUUCACUCAUGUCUUCAUCGACGAAGCCGGACAAGUGAUAGAACCUGAAUCACUGAUUCCCAUAACAAUGUGUGCCAUUGCUCACGGAGUAGUAGUCUUAGCCGGUGAUCAUAAACAACUGGGACCUGUUGUCCAAUCAACGAGAGCUAAAGACGGUCGACUCGAACGAUCACUUAUGGAACGUCUUAUGCUUAGUUGUGAACCCUAUGGACGUAAAGAGGAGUAUAAAAAGUAUGGAUAUUAUAAUCCAAGAUUUGUUACAAAAUUGGUUCAAAAUUAUCGAUCCGACGAACGAAUAAUGAAAAUAUCGUCACAACUAUUCUAUGAAAACGAAUUGAAGUUUAAUCUCGAAUCUGAUGCCAAGCUUUUAAAGGCUUUGGAUUUUAAUUUUCCCAUAAAUUUUAUUGGAGUUCAAGGUGAUGACAGACAAGACACUGACUGUCCGUCCUGGUAUAACCCGCAAGAAAUAAUGGUUAUCUGUACUUAUCUGGAAAAGCUUUAUAAGGCUGGUGUCCAACCAAAUGAUAUUGGUAUUAUAACUCCCUAUCGAAAGCAAGUGUCAAAACUUCGAAGCCAUAUCAGUGAACUGGAUCUCAUGGACUGUCGAGUGGCCACAAUCGAAGAGUUUCAAGGACUCGAAAAGAAAGUAAUAAUUGUUUCGAUGGUUCGAUCAAAUGUCCACAACUUAAGUCAUGAUAUGAAAUAUAAUUUGGGUUUUGUUCAUAACGCCAAACGAUUUAAUGUUGCCGUCAGUCGUGCCAUGACUUUACUCAUCUGUAUUGGCGAUCCAUAUCUACUAAGUAAUGACAAAUGUUGGAAACAACUACUGGACUAUUGUGUUGAAAAUAAUAGCUAUAAAGGCAAACCAUUUAAUACAUCUUCAUCGGAGAACAACAGCAACAAAGGCUACCGAAGCAAAAAUCACAGAAAUUCUCGCAGAAAAAAGUAAAAAAAAACAUUCAUUUCUCUCUGUCUCCCGUUUUUCAUCUUUUGAUUGUUUUAUAACU